UUAAAUAAACAUGACCCUGGUUAUGAUGACAGCUACUUGCACUUCCUGAAACAUGACGGGCCAUAACACACAGUGGAAAUUAUUCGCGUUUUUUAAAGUGCUAGUGCUGAGCCUUACUUUAUCACUCACGGUUUUGUUUCUUGUUGCUACCGUAAGAACGUUUACAUUUGACGUCAACGCGGGGCUUCAGCUAGGCAAAUGGGAAAAUACGAUCAGCAUUUCUCCUCAUAUAACUCCACAACAGAGAAAGAAUCUGCUGGCUAAUUUCAAAGCGGCUAUUCAGAUUCCUACUGUGUCCAUUACGGACACGGAUUUGAACACAGACGCCCUGCGUGAGUGUGCUGUGCUGCUGAGGAGAGUCUUCCCAAAGGUCUUCUCAUCCAGUCUGGUGAAACACGAGGUUGUGGGAAACUACAGUCACCUGUUCUCAGUGUGGGGCAGUGAACCUGAUCUGGAGCCGUACAUGCUGCUGGCACACAUUGAUGUAGUACCGGCUGAUGAGGCGGACGGGUGGGACGCUCCUCCAUUCUCUGCUCAAGAGCUCAAUGGCUUCAUUUAUGGACGAGGGACCAUCGACAAUAAACAGUCUGUGAUGGGAAUCCUUCAGGCGUUGGAAUAUCUCCUGGAGCGAGGUUACACCCCUCGACGAAGCUUCUACAUUGGUUUGGGUCACGAUGAGGAGGUGACCGGGAUGCAGGGUGCAGUGAAUAUUGUGAAGCUUCUCAAGAGUCGUGGGGUGAAGCUUCUGUAUGUUUUAGAUGAAGGCCUAGCAGUGCUGGAUGGUAUCAUAAACGGUCUGGAUGGACCUGCUGCUCUAAUAGGUGUGAGUGAGAAAGGCCAGGCCACAGUAAAGCUGAGUGUUAAUGCUGCUCCAGGACAUUCAUCAAUGCCUCCCAGAGAGACAAGUAUUGGCAUCUUGGCCUCAGCGGUGAAAAGGUUGGAGGAUAAUCCGAUGCCGAGACUCUUUGGCUAUGGUCCUGAACGUGGCACAUUUGAACACUUGGCACAUAAGUUCGGCCUGACUCUCAGAUUUAUCAUGUCUAAUCUGUGGUUCUUCUCUCCACUGAUUAGCAGAGUGAUGGAGCAAAAACCUGAUAUGAAUGCCUUUGUGAGGACAACAACAGCUGUUACUAUUUUUAACGCUGGUGUAAAGGUUAAUGUCCUCCCGCCAUACGCAGAGGCUUUUGUCAAUCUGCGCAUCCACUCUGCUCAAACAUUGCAGGAGGUUCUGGAUUUGAUCAAGUCAAUUGUAGCAGAUGAGCGUGUAAAACUAGAGUUGGUCAAUGGGUUCGACCCGUUGCCCAUCAGCUCUUAUGAUGAGCAGUCGUUUGGGUAUCAGAUCAUCAAAAAAACAGUGCAAGGCAUAUUUCCUCAGGUCAACGUGGCCCCUGGUAUCUGUGUUGGCAAUACUGACAGUCGUCACUACAAGGAUAUCACUCGAGACAUUUAUCGCUUCGCACCAACAUGGUUCAAACCAGGUGAUCCACAGAGAUUUCACGGUGUGAACGAGAGAAUCUCCAUUAAGAACUACGAAGAGCUUGUGGUGUUUUACUUCCAGCUCAUGCAGAAUAAUGACAUCAGAAAGUUGCCUUCACCUCACAGCAGUCAGCAUGAGCUGUAAAUGUGCUUCGGUGUAACGCAUACAGACCUCCGGCUAAAAAACACAUGAAGACUCAGGAAGAUUUGUUUCAAUUACUGUGAAUUUCAAUUCUAAAAAAAAUCACUUUUAGCACCACUUAAAUAUAAAAGCUUCAUUUUUAGUGAUGGCCCUGUAGAUAAUUAAAAUACCUUUAGGCAUUAAAAGUGUAACAUUUCAAUCAUAAAGGUUCCGUCUUUAA